AUGUUCAAGUUGACAGUGUUUGUACUUAUCCUUUUCAUCGCCUUCGGCGACUCUCAAGUCAUCAAAACGACUCUCCGUCCGGUCCGCCCAAUCAUGAUCGGAGUGCCGCCAGUUUCGUGCGCAAAAAUCUGCGUCUCACCGGUGGGAGCCGUUGGAUUAGGAGGGGAAUGUGAGUGCAAAGACGCGGCCGGCAACAUUCAAGCCGUAUCCGAUAUGGAUGUUCGUAAAAGUCGGAUUUUGUGUGGUGCAACUUGUGUCCGUACAAGCCAACGCUACUCCAACUAUCCCAAGUUUGGCGAGGCCUGUAAAUGUUUGGCCAGCGAGCCGAAUUUCCCAUUAUAA